UCCUCCCUAUUCCCCAUCCACCUGCCUCCGGCUUGCCGCUAAAUUACCGCCAAUUGCGGCAAUGGAGGGAAGGGGAUCGGACCGUCGUUUAAGCGGCACCGGCGAUACUCAGGCCUUGAGAUAAGACCGCACCUGACCGUACGGCACAGACAGCGGGGUCAUUCGAGGUGAUGACGUCCUGGAAGGUUCUACCUGUCUUCAUCGCUCUCCUGUCCGUUAUCAUUUUCAAUCUUGAUUCCUCCUCAGACCCAAAAGGAGGCUUCCAAUCCAAGGACGGUGCCGUCCAUACUCCGGUGCCGGAUGACGAGCCGUCCGUUGAUUCCUGGCGCCGGUACAUCGUUCGGUUCCGCGGGUACAAGAAGGCGGACGAGCACAAGUUUUACCUGCAGCAGAACCUCAGAUCGGAUGGAUGGAGGUGGAUUGAGAGGAAGAACCCCGCUUCGGCCUUCCCCACGGAUUUUGCGCUCGUCUCCAUCGAUGAUCAAUUGGUACCGGGUCUUGUUGAUGACUUUGGAAAAUUGGGGUUCGUCAAGGAUGUUUUCGCCGAAUCAAGGUAUUCCCGUGGCUUACUUGAAAAAGAGAGUGUUGAUGCGAAGGAGAUGAAGAAGCCCGGAAAGAUCUUCACUUCGAUGUCUUUUGAUGACGGCGGUUAUAGCAAUUCGACGUUCACUUGGAAUCGGAAGCUUAUGAUUCAGAGGUCUCAGAUCACCUCGCUGUUUGGAGCUGAGAAACUUUGGAGUCAAGGCUAUACGGGUGCAAAGGUUAAGAUGGCAAUAUUUGAUACUGGUAUUCGAGCCAAUCAUCCGCAUUUCCGCAAUAUAAAGGAACGUACAAAUUGGACAAAUGAGGAUACCUUAAAUGACAACCUUGGUCAUGGGACUUUUGUGGCAGGAGUUAUUGCUGGUGAAGACUCUGAAUGUUUAGGAUUUGCUCCAGAUGCAGAAAUUUAUGCUUUUCGUGUAUUCACUGAUGCCCAGGUGUCGUAUACAUCAUGGUUUCUGGAUGCAUUCAAUUAUGCCAUUGCAACAAAUAUGGAUGUUUUGAAUUUGAGCAUUGGUGGACCUGAUUACUUGGAUCUUCCAUUUGUUGAAAAGGUUUGGGAGCUGACUGCAAAUAACAUUAUCAUGGUCUCAGCAAUUGGAAAUGAUGGCCCUCUUUAUGGCACCUUGAACAACCCAGCUGAUCAAAGUGAUGUUAUUGGUGUUGGGGGAAUCGAUUAUGAUGAUCAUAUAGCUUCAUUUUCUUCACGUGGCAUGAGUACCUGGGAGAUUCCACAUGGUUACGGGCGUGUGAAACCAGAUGUUGUCGCAUAUGGGCGAGAAAUUAUGGGCUCUAAGAUCAGCACAGGUUGCAAGAGCCUUUCUGGCACCAGUGUUGCAAGCCCAGUGGUUGCUGGUGUAGUUUGUCUACUUGUAAGUGUCCUUCCAGAGAGUACUCGGCGUGACAUUUUAAAUCCUGCUAGCAUGAAACAAGCGCUGGUUGAGGGGGCAGCUAAGCUUUCAGGUCCUAACAUGUUCGAACAAGGUGCUGGUAGACUUGACCUCCUGGAAUCCUAUGAAAUUCUGCAAAAUUAUUAUCCACGGGCAAGUAUCUUCCCCAGCAUUGUUGACUAUACAGACUGCCCAUAUUCUUGGCCUUUCUGUCGUCAGCCUCUUUAUGCUGGAGCAAUGCCAGUAAUCUUCAAUGCCACUAUUCUUAAUGGGAUGGGCGUGAUUGGAUAUGUUGAGAAUCCACCUGUUUGGCAGCCGUCUGAUGAAGUUGGCAACCUGUUAAGCAUCCAUUUCAGUUACUCUGACGUUAUAUGGCCGUGGACUGGAUUUUUAGGACUCCAUAUGCAGAUCAAGGAAGAAGGAUCUCAGUUUUCAGGGCUUAUUGAAGGCAAUGUGACUGUCAACAUCUAUAGCCCACCAGCCAGAGGAGAAAAAGUCCCCAGGAGAAGUACAUGCGUUCUUCAGCUAAAACUGAAGGUGAUCCCAACUCCUCCAAGGUCAAGACGUAUCCUUUGGGACCAAUACCAUAAUAUCAAGUACCCUCCUGGCUACAUCCCAAGAGAUUCCUUGGAUGUACGGAAUGACAUACUUGAUUGGCAUGGCGAUCACUUGCAUACUAAUUUCCAUAUCAUGUUUAACAUGUUGAGGGAUGCUGGUUACUAUGUUGAAACUCUUGGUUCACCGCUAACCUGUUUUGAUGCCAGUCAAUAUGGGACGCUGCUUAUGGUUGACCUUGAGGAUGAGUAUUACAGGGAAGAGAUUGCUAAACUGAGGACUGAUGUUAUUGAUCAUGGUCUAGGUCUUGUGGUGUUUGCGGAGUGGUAUAAUGUGGAAACAAUGGUCAAAAUGAGAUUUUUUGAUGACAACACAAGGAGUUGGUGGACACCUGUAACUGGAGGUGCAAACGUUCCAGCAUUAAACGAGCUUUUGAAGCCUUUUGGGAUUGCUUUUGGUGACAAGAUCCUGAAUGGGGAUUUCUCUAUCAAUGGUGAGCAGAGCCACUAUGCAUCGGGAGCAGAUAUAGUGCAAUUUCCACGAGGUGGUUAUCUACAUAAAUUCCGGCUUCAUGAUAGCUCAGAGAGUGGUGCCACACAGAACAUACUGCAGACUUCGGGUAUGACAAAGGUUGAAUCAGCUAUUCUUGGACUUGUUGAGAUGGGUGGUGGCCGGAUAGCUGUCUAUGGUGACUCCAACUGCCUGGACAGUAGCCAUAUGGUGACCAACUGCUAUUGGCUUCUUCAAAAGAUGCUGGAUUACACCAGCAAGAAAGUUAAAGAUCCAGUUCUUUUCACGGACACUGUGAGACAAGCAUAUGCAUUACACAAGGACGAAAACCAAUUGCCAUCACGCCGCACCGACCUGAACUUUUCAAGGUAUUCUGCAGUUACAGACAAGGAGCUGAUCUGCAGGAAAGAUGCCAGGUUUGAGGUGUGGGGAACAAAAGGCUAUGGAUUUAUAGUUGCUGGAAAUAACAGAAAGUUACCUGGGUAUCCAAGUGCUGAUGGAAGAGGUUUGGGGGUUCCAAACAUGACCGCAAGCGACAUUGAUCUGGAACUAGGAAAUACUUGGCAAGAGAAUAAUGGGAAGGGCAGUGUUGAGAAGAAAGGCCUAGGAGGGACACUGUCCACCUAUAUUUCGAGUGUAAAUUACAACAAAAAAAUGGAUUUCUGGAGUUUACUCAACAGAGAUGAGGUUGAUAUGCUGAAUAUAGGUGCUGCUCAAUGGCUUGUACCGACGUUUGUUGCGCUUACUGGUCUUCUUUUAUGCCUGAGCUUGUGGCAAAUGCGACAGCGGCGACCCAAGAGACGAAAAGGGUCCGGUCGCCUCAUGAACUUGUAAUCUUGCUAGGGAUUGUAAAAUUCUUGUUAGCCAACAGAGCCGCCAUGCAGUGGUCUGAUGUUCUUCUGCACAGAAGAUGUACCUUGUAGCGAGACGUCUUCAGGCAUGGCAGCGGUGGAGGAUCAUCCUCGUGACCUGCAGCACAGAAGGCUAGAUCCGGUCCAGCGUUUUCAUUUUUCAAUGUAAGAUAAUCGGGUUAUCAUUUUGGGCACCACGUAAGCGAUUUUUAGCGUGGUGAAUAUCUGUAUAGUGUUCCACGAACUGCAGAGCUCCGAGAUGGUAACUUUGGACGGUUGUCCUCCAUGAUCAACAAAAGCUGACCUGAGGUAAUUCUUUUAGUUGCUGAAUUGAAGGAAUUGGUGCCAUCCAGUGGAGUUUUUGAGGCUGCUCCAUGGUGCUCAACUCCAUGGAUUUCAACAUCAGAAACUAGUUUUUUUUGCACUCUAUGGACUUCAAAAGGUUCGGAGAGCCUCAGCGACUGACAGACUCGAAAAGUUCCUGCAAUAUGUUGCUUUCUUGUCUGAAAUUUCUCUAACCGACUCUUUAUUUGUUAUGACAAAUGUUCAUUAAACUAGAGGAGAUUUAACGGAGGAUGCCGCAUCAUAGUCAUGUUUGUUUGA